AUGUUCAUCAUCAUCAUUAACAUUUACACCUAUACUCCAGCAUCAUCAACAUCAUCAUCAUCAUCAUCAACAUUUUUGCUUUUACCAGCAAAUUUUAAUCGUUCAACAGUUAUACCAUCAAUACAAUCAUCAACUUUAAUUAUACAAUCAUCUACAGAAAAUAUUAGUAUAACUACAAAUUAUUCAAAAAUAAAAUCAACAAAUCAAAAUCAAUUUCAACGUGAUCAUUCAAUUGAUGAAUCAUCAUCACUUCAACCAUUAUCUGUUAUACUACCAAGAACAAAAACUACAACAACGACAACAACCAUUUCUCAACAAAAAUCGACUAAUUCAUCAUCAUCAUCUAAAUGA